UCCCGCGCCAUGUCGCAUUGCGCGCAGAUUGCGAUGGUGGAUGGCGUGGUGGUAACGUAGUGAUAGUGUUUGUGUGAGUGUGUGUUUGAGUGAGAUUUGUUUGGUUUCCUCAUUUAGUGAUUGAAAAAUGAGUUGUUUUAUACAAGUGGCGGAUGAAGAGAAUGAGGAACCCAUUGAGAUUCCCGUUGAGGAAGAUGGGACGCUGCUGCUGUCGACACUAGCGGCGCAGUUCCCGGGUGCUUGUGGAUUGAAAUAUCGGUCUGAAACAAGAAGUUUGAGAGGUGUGCGUCUGUUGGACGGAAAACUUCGUCCUCCAGAGAAUGGAUGGGGAAAUGCUGUAUAUCUGUGUGUGUUCCCAAAAGAAACUCCAGAAGGUGAGGGACGCUCGGCAGCCAGCAGGGGCUCAGAGAACAAACGCAAAAACGAUGACCAGCUGGAGGCCAGCCUGGCCAAGACGAAGCGGCUGGAGCUCAAACAGAAGUGCUCCGACCUGAUCGUGCUCGGUCUGCCGUGGAAAACCACCGAACAGGAGCUGCGCGAGUACUUCGAGUCGUUUGGAGAGGUCCUCAUGGCACAGGUGAAGAAGGACCCCAAGUCGGGACAGAGUAAAGGCUUCGGCUUCAUCCGUUUCGGCACGUUCGAGUCUCAGAUGCGCGUGCUGAGCCAGCGGCAUAUGAUCGACGGACGCUGGUGCGACGUCAAGAUCCCCAACUCGAGGAGCGGCGAGGGACAACAGAACCAGGUGCCCUGCAAGGUGUUCGUGGGCCGCUGCUCAGACGACAUCACCCAGGAAGAUCUGCGCGACUACUUCUCCCAGUUCGGCGAGGUCACAGACGUCUUCAUCCCCAAGCCGUUCCGGGCGUUCUCUUUUGUUACCUUCCUGGACCCUGACAUAGCGCAGAGUCUCUGCGGAGAGGAUCACAUCAUCAAGAACACGUCGGUGCACGUCAGUAACGCGGCGCCCAAGACGGACCACGCGGCACGUCAUGGGUUCGGACGCGGCCAUCCGCGUGACGCCGGCCGCCCGGGAAUGGGUGGAUACGGACCGGCGCAGCACGGCUACGGCAGUCAGGGCAUGAACGGCGGCUGGGGCGGCCAGCACCAGAGCGGUCGCGGCACAGAGAUGCCCAAUCUGGCGGCGCUGGGCACCUCGCUGGGUAUCGGCGGUCAGGGCGGACACCAGCACCCCAACAGCCAGGGCCCGAACCCAGCCCAGAUGGGCGUCGGACCGAUGAACCUCGGUCUUAACCCGCUGGCGGUGGCGGCGGCGCUCAACCAGGCCGGCUGGGGCCUGCUCAGCAAUCUGCCCGGCCAGUCGCCCGACACACCGAUGGCCUACAGCCAGGCGGGGCCGGCGCCGGCCAGCCAGGCGCAGGGCCCGCCGUCGAUGGCAGCCAGCGGCCAGCCGGGCGGCGGACCGGCCGGCGGCAGCUUCCUCAACUGGAUGAACCAGGGCGCCGGCGACGGUGGCGGCGGCGGCGGCGGCAGCGCGAUGCCGCAGCCGCCGGGCAGCCAGCCGCCGGCCGGCGCUGCCGCUGGCUGGCCGCAGCGCUCCGAUCAGAAGCAAUCAGCCGGCGCCGGGCCAGGCUACGGCCGCAACCCCGACUACGUCUGAGCGGCGGCCCGUACCGCGGCGACCACCCUGUACAUAGCGGCGGAGGCCGCGCGCGCGCGCCUGCGCCAGCACUAACCCUCCAUUUGGGCGCAUCCUGGGUGUUGUAGCUGUCUUGGCUUUUGUUAUUGUUACUGGUGUGCUGGAUGGUAUGGGCGGCGACACGCGGCUCCGUCUCUCCGUUGUCGCUUUUAGAGUUCUUCAUGUUGUGUUGGACGCGCGGGGCGUCGCGCGCGGCCCUCCACGCGGGCGGCGGCGGCCGGCGGCCGCUCGCCGCCGCUCGGGUAGCGCCUCAGGGCGGUAGAGGUGACUCGUCUCUUAUUUUUGGUAUGCGGUGGCGUAUAAUAUAACCCCGGUUGUAGGUCUGUGGGGCGCGGCGCUCACGGUUGCGCGGCCGCUGACGCGCGCGCGGCGUCUUCGGUAGUUGUGACUGUCCCCUCGGUGUUCUAGGUAAGCGCCGCCGCGCUUAGCGGUCGUAGCUCCACACUCUAUCUUGUUCUCUCCCCUAUUUCUAUCCACCGGCGACUGCGGCGUCUCUCGUCAGGCGCGCUGCGGCGGGUCGGCGGUCGGCGAGCUCAGAUACCCGGCAGGGGUAGGCGCGCCGACCACCGGCCGGCCGCUCACCUUCCUGUCUGCGUGCGUUAGUUGGUGUGCGCGUGUGCCUGUGUGCGUGUGCCUAGCUAGAAUAGUGGCGGCGGCACCCGACCGUCCGCAGCCGUCGUGUGGUGGCGGUCACUCUGCCUCCCGCGGCUGGUCACCAGUCGCCCCGCUGGAGGGCGCUGCAAGCGGCGGUCGGGCGCCACCAUGCCUUUCUGCGUAAAUAUGGUCUGUGUGGCGAGUGUCCUGAAGUCAAUUUUGCUUGGAAAGUCCUUAGGCCGCGCGCGAACUACUGUGUACAUACAAUCUCUCUGGGAGGAUGCGGUGGCAACCGCACGGAAUUGUAGACUGGGAAUACCUGAUCGGGAAUGUCUGUGAAUGGCUUCGGCGAUUGGCGGCGUCAGGCCGGCGGCCACGUGGCCGGCGGAUUUUACAUGUUCGGACCAAGUACAAAGCGAGAAAUUUGAGCAGGAUGGAGCGUGGUGCGCAUGCGUCUGGUGGUGUCCCGGGCGGGCGCGGUCUAUACCGGCCGCCCCCGACACCCAACGACCCGGUGUGGUGGUGGAAAACGUGACUCUAAUCUGUUGAACGUUUUGGGCCUGGCCCAAUGUCCGAGCAGCGGGCACUAAGUUGCUGUCAGAACGUUUAUAAAAAGGAUCCAAUAUAUCUCCCACGCAGAACAUA